AUGUCACAAAACAAAACAGUUUUUAUUCAUAGUAAAGAAAUGGAGGAAACGAAGGAGAGAAAGAUUGUGGUAGCAGUGGACGAAAGCGAAGAAAGCAUGGAAGCUCUCUCAUGGAGUCUCGACAAUCUUUUUCCAUAUGGUUCCAAUAAUACCCUCAUCCUCCUCUACGUCAAGCCCCCUCUUCCCGUUUACUCUUCCAUUGAUGCUGCAGGGUUUAUAGUGACGGGAGAUCCGGUUGCAGCACUAAAGAAAUAUGAACACGAGCUCGUGGAAUCGGUCAUGACUCGAUCUCGGACCGUGUACCAAGAUUUUGAAUCCGAUAUUAAUAUAGAGAGAAAAGUUGGAAGAGGAGAUGCGAAAGAAGUUAUAUGUAACGCAGUUCAGAAACUUAGGGCUGAUAUGUUAGGCUUUGCUAGGCAGUGUAAGCGAGUAUUGCGCCAAACGAGUGAAGUGUCCUGUGAUUAUCGUCAAGAAGAAGCCUCAAAUAAACUCUCGCGAGAAGAAGAAGAAGAAGCGAUGUUCCUCGUCGAUUGGUUCUAUGGAGUUCUCGCAACUCUCGGAUUGUGGCAGAAGGAAGCGAAGAUUCUGUUUCUCGGUCUCGACAACGCCGGGAAAACCACUUUGCUUCACAUGCUAAAGGACGAGGUCGACGCAGUGGUUUACCUGGUGGAUGCAUAUGACAAGGAGAGGUUUGCAGAGUCAAAGAAGGAACUUGACGCACUUCUCUCAGAUGAAUCCCUCGCAAAUGUGCCUUUCCUCGUUCUUGGAAACAAAAUCGACAUCUCGUACGCUGCAUCAGAAGACGAGCUGCGUUAUCAUCUAGGCCUAACCAAUUUCACCACUGGGAAAGGUAAUGUGAAUCUAGCAGGAACAAACGUUCGCCCCCUCGAGGUGUUCAUGUGCAGCAUUGUCAGAAAGAUGGGCUACGGCGAAGGAUUCAAAUGGGUAUUGGGAAACUAA